AUGGACUCCCCUGUCACCUUUUGGGAGCCUGCUGCUACACAUCUUCGACCUACGAACUGGCUGGCAUUACCUCUGACCCAUUGGUUUAUUCUUGGUCCAUGGGCAUCUCAGUGCAUCUUUCCCGCGAUUUGCCCAGAUAUGCGCCAUCUUCACAAAUACGGAAUGAGCGUUGACGAUGCCUUUCGUUUUCUGUAUCAAUUUUCUCGAGAGCCCUCUCUUCACUCAGGCUCUUCAACAUCCAUCCUGGAAAGCACGGCGGUUGAUGACUGGAGACAAGAACGACUUGAUGCGUCAAGCACAUUUGGGACUCAAGUGCAUGUUCAUCGUUGUCUACUCCGAGCACGUCUCCUUCAUUGUCUCCUUCAUACUCACUGCAUAGGCGGUGAGAAGAAACUAAUGGCUGGUGAAAGGUAUAAUACCACUGUCAAUGAUACUUGGAGAGCAAACACACGAGCAACUUUGGAGGCGUUUGUGGCAGUCACAAAUGAGCCAGGCGACAACGCGGCGAUUGAUGACGCACCGAGUGUGGCAGGAGGUGUAUUGAUGCCGAGGCCGCCUUGCUGUCGAGAUCCCGCGAGCACCGGAAAGACAACUUCGCCCUCCGCCUGCAGAUGGGCCGCAAUGCCCUUAAACUAUGAACAAGCCAAAGGCUGGCUGGCAGGGGGACUACAAGAGGCCCGAGCCAGCCAGCCUUGGACGAACAACCCGGGUUUUACACCCGGAUUAUUUGUCAAUGGCCGAAGUUCGAUGCCAUUCACAGACCUGGUGUUCAACGACAUACCAUCUCCUGACGAAGGCCGCAAAGCAGCCGAAAGUGAACAAUCCCCAGAACGAACUGCAAGGAAGCCAAAAGGAGAUAUUGACCGUCAAAAUGAAAUCGAGUUCCUCGACAAUCCUCUACGGUGUCUAAAACAAAACUGCCCACCCCCAGAGUCCUCUAAUACGCGCAACAGCAGAGCCGUUUUUACAACAGUCAUCAGGCCAAGGCUGGCAGGCAGGGGGACUACAAGAAUUUUCAGCCAAGCCGGUUACAGCAUAUCUACACCCAUCUCUCACUCUCGGCAUUCAAGGAACUCCGAAUGUUGCAGUGCAUCAACUACAUGUACACAAACCACAACACGAAUGAAGCUUACCGCUUAGUAAUCGCGAAAUACAAAACAAGACAUGGUUGACUUGUCGGAUAUGGGGAUUGUUUUGGCGGAUGAUGGGGAAGCGGCACAGAAGAAGCAUUUAAUGUACUGGCUAGUUCUCAACUUUCCUCGUUCAAUUUUAUACUCAUUGCGUUUUG